GGUUUGUAUCAUGUAAAUGACGUUAAAAACUACGACUUCUCUCCUUUUCAAACGGAAGCUAGUACUCAACGCAUUACACGAUUCAAGAGACCUCGAGUGGAACAAUCGCAACAGGUCACGGGCUUACACAUCAUAUUCCACCGCUAUAACCUUCUACUCCAUGGAUGCGACGACAGUGAUUCACGAGCUUGAAGAUAUUUAUGACUGGCCUCCUCCUGUAGCGAAGCUCGCAGACUUACUUUCUCAGCCACUCCCAUCUUGGCUUGCCACCGGUCCAUACCCUUUCACGUCCCCUUGUGCCUCUGAUUCUGUAGAUCUUCUAUCUGGAUACUCAACUGAUCAUAUAGUAACGACCGAGAAUUAUGGCGGCUCUACGUCUUUGAAAGUCGUGUUUGACUUGGUCAUGACGGCCUCGUCUGAUUUACGCGCCCUCAGUGGCAGCGUUGCAUACGGUUGUCCUCGCCCCACCAUUCCAAUUUGGAUCACAAUGCUUAAGCAUCUAUUUCUCCAUUGCUCGGAAGACAUAUCGAUACUGUAAUGAUCUUUUCUCUUUUUUUUUUUUUGAAGUUUGCAUGUUUCUGAUAACUUGACGCGCGGAUUUAUUUUCAAUUUUUAGUGAAGAUGAAUAUUUUGUCAGGCCACGCGCGCCUCAUUCGCAGGAUGUUUCCUCCAGUGGUCCAAUCACCGACGGCUUUGCAUCACUUAUUAUAGCCCACUAUGUCGAUCGAGCGGAUGAAGAUCAAGACACUGGCUCAGCAUGUCACUCCUCACAAGACAGCUGUACGAGCUCUUCUAGCGAUGACAAUUCUUCUCAUGUACGAGACGAAAACUAUGGGGAUAACGGCGAAAUUACGAAGAAGAGGAAGGCAAACACGAGUAGCUCAAAGAAUCAUUCUUCGAAGUUUCCUAUCCACGCCCAUCUUCUUCCCACACGCGGUCGUCAUCUCUCCGCCGUCCUCCCGAUUAUCGGGGUUGCUGACGAAUAUAAUAUCAUCCCUCUCAUGUCAAGUAUGCUUUACCAACGGCGUGUUUGGCACAUCGACCAACCAGUUAUCGGAAUUAUUUUCCAAGGGACUGGAACUGUUGGCCAAGUCUUAUUUGGUUGGCUGGAUCAUGAUUCUGGGACGAGCGGAGAUUUGCCUGGGGUCCAUAUCGCAUGUGCCAGCCCAAACUCUCAGCCUAAGGCGUCAUUAGGCAUAUUCGAUUUAACCGACCCAGUGGCCGCCAUAUCAUUGGCCCAAUUUGUGCUUGGAUUAUCGUCGUAUUUCAAGGACCUUAUCAACGCCACAUCAGUAACGUCUGUCGAUGCGGAUCCAUCCCUGCACUGGAGAUCAGAUCUCAUCGAUAUUUCCUCUGAAUCAGGAGAACAAUGGAAGGAGCGAGUUUCAAGGUGGGCAUGCGACGUACACGUGUCCACAUGCGCGAGCAGCGAUACUUCCUCUUCUCCUCCCCGUACCCCACCAUUACACGCUACACGUUCUCAGCCUAGCUACUGGUCCCCAGCUAUGUCAUCAACGAAUCUGGGUACUAUUCACGAGGAAGGACAUGAUGAGCCCAGAAGCUCCAAAUAUACUUUAAGUGUCAAAGUUGAUGGUACCCAAAGUGACCGCAAAGUGAGCAUAGAUACAAGCCCCCCUGGAAAUCAACAUGCUGUCAGCCAGCAGUCCUCGAGCAAAAAGUCGAACACAGAUUUAUCAAACUCUAGUUUUGCGAUGAAGAGUGAGAAUGGCUUAGAUGAAGAAUUAUCGAUUACGAAUUGGCUUUUUGAUAGAAGAGCAUUCACGAUCGGUAGAAUCUUGUUAACAAGUUUUGCUCAUAACCCUGGACUGCAAGCAAAAGAGAUUAAUGAGAAAAUCACAUUUUAUGACGAGACAACCAAAUUUUGCUGGCCAAGCAGUUGGAAAACAUUGAGUGACCUCCCUGGAACAGACCUUAGCAUUGAAGGGCAUCGUAAAAUACUUUUUGUAAAUUAUAACAACUAUGUCCAGGCUGGCAACGAGGUUCCAGACCUGGAGACCAAAAUCAUGGAACUCCUCUCCAGUCGGUUCUCCUCUAUGUUGUCAUCUUCCGAUGGUGCAUAUACUCGAGCUCUUGCAGCGGCGAAACGUAAUUCUAAUGAAGCUGAACGCCG